UGAGCCAUGUCGCAGAUGUUGCACAUAGAGAUUCCCAACUUCGGGAACACCGUUCUGGGCUGCCUGAACGAGCAGCGGCUGCUGGGGCUGUACUGCGAUGUCUCCAUCGUGGUGAAGGGCCAAGCCUUCAAGGCGCACCGGGCGGUCCUGGCCGCCAGCAGCCUCUACUUCCGAGACUUGUUCAGUGGGAACAGCAAAAACGCCUUUGAGCUGCCGGGUACCGUCCCCCCCGCUUGCUUCCAGCAGAUCCUCUCCUUCUGCUACACCGGGAAGCUGACCAUGGCGGCGAGCGAGCAGCUGGUGGUGAUGUACACGGCGGGCUUCCUGCAGAUCCAGCACAUCGUGGAGAAAGGGACGGACUUGAUGUUCAAGGUCAGCUCUCCCCACUGUGACUCUCAGACCACCAUGAUCGAAGACCCCAGCUCGGAGCCGCAGAGCCCCUGCAACCAGCUGCAGUCGGCCUCGGCGCCCUACGUCAUGUCCCCCUCCAUGCCCAUCCCGCUCCUCACGCGCGUCAAACACGAGAACCUCGAGCUGCAGGCAGCUGCCCUGCCCGGCCUGCCCGGCAAGCGGCCCCUCGAGCCCGGCGCCCGGGAGGGGACAGGCGGCGGCGGCCCCAACACCGGUCCCCUGAAGCUCUCCCGCGUCUCCUACUACGGGAUGCCCAACCUGGCCACGCUCAUCCCCAACGUCCAGCAGGUCCAGUACUCGCAGGGGGAGCGGACGAGCCCCGGCGCCAGCAGCAUUCCCACCACCGACAGCCCCACCUCCUACCACAACGAGGAGGACGAGGAGGACGACGAGGCGUACGACACCAUGGUGGAGGAGCAGUACGGGCAGAUGUACAUCAAGUCCUCGGGAGGCUACUCUGUUGCCCAAGAGAAGCCAGAGCAGAUCCCACUGGAGAACCGCUCCUGUGUCCUCAUACGACGGGAUCUAGUGGCUCUCCCAGCCAGUCUUAUCAGUCAAAUCGGAUACCGUUGCCACCCAAAACUCUACUCAGAGGGAGAUCCUGGAGAAAAACUUGAGCUCGUUGCAGGCUCAGGUGUUUACAUCACCCGGGGGCAGCUGAUGAAUUGCCAUUUAUGUGCCGGUGUCAAACACAAGGUCCUUCUGAGACGUCUUCUGGCCACCUUCUUUGAUCGGAACACGCUCGCCAAUAGCUGCGGAACUGGAAUCCGGUCCUCCACGAGCGAUCCCAGCAGGAAGCCCCUGGACAGCAGGGUUCUUAACGCAGUCAAAUUGUAUUGUCAGAAUUUUGCCCCGAGCUUUAAGGAAAGCGAGAUGAAUGUUAUAGCAGCCGAUAUGUGCACCAAUGCCCGCCGGGUCCGCAAGCGCUGGCUGCCGAAGAUAAAGUCCAUGCUGCCGGAAGGGAUGGAGAUGUACCGCACCGUCAUGGGCUCCACCACAAACAGUGUCCCCCUGGAUCCUGAAUUCCAGCCCAACACUGCUCAGGUCUUUGAGCAGCGAAUCUAUGCAGAGAGGAGGAGCGAUUCAGGAACUAUAGUAGCCUUGAGAACUAACACAGUGAACGUAGAGCUGAGCAAUGGAUCCAACCAGUCCUUCGAACAGAGCGAGGAUGCCGAAGGGGCUGGCUCUGUGAUACAGGAGGCAGCUGCCACAGAUGCUAUGGCAUCGGAUACCCAAAGCACUCCGCAACCUUUUGAACAAGGUUCGGGCUCCUCCAGCCGGCCCGAAACUCCCGUGAGAAGACAAGAUGGUACUUACGGAGGGACUUUAUAAAGAGAGCAAACGUUUCGUGACCUAUAAGGGAUCUGUAAUA